GCGGAAGCCCCUCGGCGGUGGGGGCCGCGGGAAGUGUCUGUAGCGUUCGCUCUCCCUCUCAACCACAAUAACAGACGGUGGGCCGGCGUAGUGCUCUGAACUCAAAUAAACAAGGAAAGAUUGCUCUUUGAUACUGGAGAGUACACAGCAAUGGGACCACGAAAGAAAAGUGUUAAAACCUGUCUUAUAAAUAAUGAAAUCCCAGAAGAAACAAUACCAGAUGAAACAAAGGACUACAUGAAUCAACUUUCACAUGAAGUACUUUGCCAUAUUUUUCGGUACCUCCCUCUGCAGGACAUCAUGUGCAUGGAAUGUCUUUCCCGGAAGCUAAAGGAAGCAGUGACCCUAUAUCUGAGAGUUGUGAGGGUUGUGGAUCUCUGUGCAGGGCGAUGGUGGGAAUACAUGCCAAGUGGCUUCACAGAUUCCAGCUUUCUAACACUGUUGAAGAAGAUGCCAGAUGUCGAACAGUUAUAUGGCCUUCACCCUCGAUACCUUGAAAGGCGAAGAGUGAGGGGCCAUGAGGCGUUUAGCAUUCCAGGAGUCCUAGAAGCUUUGCAGGCAUGCCCAAACUUAGUGGGUGUGGAAACUUCUCAUUUGGAGUUGGUAGAAUCCAUUUGGACUUACAUGCCACAUGUUCACAUUUUGGGGAAAUUUCGUAAUCGUAAUGGAGCAUUUCCAAUUCCUCCUGAAAAUAAACUGAAAAUUCCUAUAGGAGCCAAAAUUCAAACUUUACACUUAGUUGGAGUGAAUGUACCUGAAAUUCCUUGUAUCCCAAUGCUAAGGCACCUAUAUAUGAAGUGGGUAAGACUCACUAAACCACAGCCAUUCAAAGACUUUCUUUGUACCAGCUUAAGAACAUUCGUCAUGAGGAACUGUGCAGGACCUACAAAUUCCUUGAAAUAUGUUCCAUUAGUAACAGGCUUAGCCUCUGCCCGAAAUUUGGAACAUUUAGAAAUGGUUCGAGUUCCUUUCCUUGGAGGUCUUAUCCAACAUGUAGUUGAAGACAGUUGGAGAUCAGGUGGUUUUAGAAAUUUGCACACUAUUGUUUUGGGAGCUUGCAAAAACGCUCUUGAAGUAGAUCUUGGUUACCUCAUCAUCACUGCUGCCCGUAGGUUACAUGAAGUUCGAAUCCAGCCUUCCUUAACCAAAGAUGGUGUCUUUUCUGCCCUAAAGAUGGCAGAGUUGGAGUUUCCCCAAUUUGAAACCCUUCAUCUGGGAUAUGUAGAUGAGUUUUUGCUUCAGAGCAGAAUGGCUAAUGCAGAUCUGGUGAAGUAUGGUUUGGCUGAUGUAGUAGAAAAUCCAGGUAUCAUCACCGAUAUAGGGAUGAAGGCUGUCAAUGAAGUUUUCUCCUGUAUCAAAUAUCUGGCAAUUUAUAAUUGCCCCCAUCUACAUAACCCAUACAAUUGGAUCUCAGACCACUCAAGGUGGACUCGAUUGGUUGAUAUCAACCUAGUACGGUGCCAUGCUUUGAAGCUGGACUCCUUUGGCCAGUUUAUUGAAUUAUUGCCCAGCCUGGAGUUUAUUUCACUGGACCAGAUGUUUCGUGAACCACCCAAGGGCUGUGCUCGAGUUGGUCUGAGUGCAGGCACGGGAAUUGGGGUUUCCUCAGCCCUUGUUAGCAACCAGAACUCCAACAAUGACAAUGAUAAUAAUGCCCAGAAUAACAAUGCCAACCUCCACGACAACAAUCACCAUCACCCAGAUGACUCAGAUGAGGAGAAUGACUUUCGGCAAGAUCUGCAACCGGGAGAGCAGCAGUUUGCAGCCGACGCAUUGAAUGAGAUGGAAGACAUGGUCCAAGAAGAUGGAGAGGUGGUGGCUGAGAGUGGAAACAAUACUCCAGCUCACAGUCAGGCAAUUAUUCCUGUGGAUGUUGAUGAGGAACAAGCAGGUCCCAGUGGUCUUCAGCGUGUAGUAAAACCAACCCCAAUUACUGUUCAUGAUUCAGAAAGUGAUGAUGAAGAAGACAGUCUAGAACUCCAAGAAGUCUGGAUUCCUAAGAAUGGUACUCGGCGUUACUCUGAACGUGAAGAAAAAAAUGGAGAAUCAGUGCAGUCCAGGGAAUUGUCAGUAAGUGGAAAAGGCAAGACUCCACUUCGAAAGAGGUACAACUCCCAUCAGAUGGGCCAGUCGAAGCAGUUUCCUCUCGAGGAAAGCAGCUGUGAGAAAGGCUGUCAGGUCACCAGUGAGCAGAUCAAAGCCGAUAUGAAAGCAGCUAGGGAUAUUCCUGAAAAGAAAAAAAACAAGGAUGUUUAUCCCAGCUGCAGCAGCACCACCGCCAGCACAGUGGGAAACUCCAGCUCACACAGCACUGCUUCUCAAAGCCCCGACUUUGUAAGGACGGUGAACAGCGGCAGCUCUUCCGAGCCUAGCCCUACAGAAGUGGAUGUAUCCAGGCAGUGUGCCUGCUCCCCCGGUGGGUCAGAGGACUCUGAGGCCAUGGAGGAGGGAGAUGCAGAGAGUUCUGUCUGCCCCAGAUGCUGCUGUCACAGGCCCCAGGAAUCCCAAAGGAGAACUAGCAGGUGUUCUGAUGAGGAACGUCCUUCAACCAGCCGAGCCUGUGUUGUGAAUGGCCCGGAUGGUACGAGAUCCGCCUUUUCCUUUAGGACUCUGCCACAAGGGGGGUCUUCAGGCCCAGCACAUGAUGAGAGGACUAAUGGGAGUGGCACUGGGGCUACAGGUGAGGACAGGAGGGGGAGCUCCCAGCCUGAGAGUUGUGACGUGCAGUGUAAUGAAGACUAUCCUCGGAGGCCCCUAACCAGGGCCAGGAGCAGACUGUCCCAUGUACCGCUGGUAUCUGAGUCAGAAGUUGCCAAAACAAAGUCACGUCAUGCCAUGAAACGGAAGCGCACAGCAGAUAAAUCUACCAGUACUAGUGACCCUGUCAUUGAGGAUGACCAUGUGCAGGUUCUUGUAUUAAAAUCCAAAAAUCUUGUAGGAGUCACUAUGACCAAUUGUGGAAUCACAGAUCUAGUGCUAAAAGACUGUCCCAAAAUGAUGUUCAUCCAUGGUUGAGCAUUCCUAAUCCAAAAUUUUGAAAUCUGAAAUGCUACAAAAUCCCAAACUUCUUGAGCACGGACAUGAUGCUCAAAGGUAAAAUUUAUUGGAACAUUUUCGAUUUCAGAGUUUCGAAUCAGUGUGCUUAACCUGUGAGCUACAAAUAUUGCAAAAUUAGAAAAAAUUCAGUAUCUAAACACUUAAGGUUCUAAGCAUUUCAGGUAAGAGAUACUUAACCUGAAUUGGAAAAAUAUAUUAAGGGUUUUCUUUCCUUUGUACUUUUUUUUUUUUUUUUAAGAUAGAAUCUUACUUUGUCACCCUCGGCAGAGUGCUGUGGCAUCAUAGACCACAGCAACCUCAAAGUCUUGGGCUCUUGCCUCAGCCUCCUGAGUAGCUGGGACUACAGGCACCUGCCACAACACCCAGCUAUUUUUUUUUAAAGACAGGGUCUCACUUUUGGUCAGGCUGGUCUCGAACCCAUGAGCUCAGGCAAUCCACCCACCUCGGCCUCCCAGAGUGCUAGGAUUACAGGUGUGAGCCACUACACUCGGCUAUACUUCUGCUACUACAUUAAUAGUAAACAAGAUAAAGGAAUCUCACUAAAAGGUGCUUACCAAAUAUUUUAUUAUAAACUGAGAAAAUUCCAGAAAGGAAAACUAAGAUUAAAACCCUACCUCUCUCCUAAUUUCUACCAGAGUCCAGACCUUGGGGACGCCAGGCCCUAUGGUCACUCUGAAGAGGUGGUACUUUUCUCCAUUUUUGGUUCCAAAAUAUCCAAUAAAUGUGUCUUUAGCUUCCUCCCCAAACUGAGAACGCAAUGUCCUCAAAAGCUCAGACAUCAUAACAGCAGUAAUGCUCACACUAGCCUUAGAGCAGCCAUGUCAGUACUCCACCCUCUGACUCUGAGCUCUGAGCUCUGAAGAUCUAAAGCUCAACCUUCAGACUGCUAGUUGGCAUCUCAUUCCUUUCCUUUCUUUACUCUGAGCUCUCUGAGAACCUGACUGGUUGUCACUUCUUCCCUUGAAGUGAAGAUUAUUCUCCUUAUACCGUCUCUAACCUAUUUGUGGAUCAUGUGGCCUCAGGCCCAGCCUUCUCCCCUUAUAACCAAAUUGUUUCUCUCAAUUUACCAUCGGACAGAGCAUCAUUGGUAAUUACUCAGUCUCUAGGCACCAGCUAAGUUAAUGGCAGUUGAAAGUAUUAAACGAAAUUAGGACUAACCUUAGCCAUGUUUGGUUUUAUAACAUGGUUUUCUCUGUCCUCGACACCUCAAAAAAAGUUUCCCUUUUUUUUUCUGUUGUGUUAGGAGGAAAUGAGGCUGAGAGGCAGGAGUUUAAACAUCAGGGGUAGUUACAGGGCUUAGGAAAGUGAUGACAUUAGGGUCAAGGAUAUUACAGAAAAUGUCUUUAUGAAAUGUUAAAAAAAUUCAGGCAAAACAACUCUAGUUUUAUAAUCUUUUCCAUUUGAUCACUCUUGAAUUGGACCAGGUUAAACUUGAGAUGAUAAAAGGGAAUUUGGUAUAGUAGUGCAGUUAAAUGUGUGUAUUAUAUCACAAUUUUUCUCUAUGAUCUCAUGUUUUAUACCUUAAAUAGGAAGAGUAAUCAUAUUUUAGAUCAGCAUUUUCCACAGAAUUUUCUGCAGUGAUUCAAAUAUUCUUUCUUUAUACUUUCAGUGUAGAGAAAGAAUACACUAGUGACUACUACCACAUGUGACUGUUGAACACUUGAACUAUGGUUAGUGCCUAAGGAAUUGUUAAUUUUAUUAUAUUUCAGUUAAUUUGAAUUUAAAUAGCUACAGGUCGCUAGUGGUUACCAUAUUGGUCUAUACAGCUUUAGACCACAGUAUCCAAUAUUUCUGGGUCUUUCUUUUUAAGGUUCUGCUUUUAUACUGGUGAUAAGAAUUAACAUCAACUCUACUCGUUUCCUGUGCAUGAAUGUAAGAUAUAUGAAUUAUUCCAGGUUCAUUUGACCAUUAACCAUAAAAAUUCAUAAUUAAAUUCAUUCUUCUCAAUAAAUAUUUCCAAAACAAUUCCUCUAGGGCUUGGUUUUCUAACUGUAAAAUCUUAGAAAAAGGCACAUUAAUGUCCCUUCUAGCACAAGGGUAACUACCUUCUUAGGAACGAAACAGGAUCACAGUUUCAGAUCCUUUUGUUAACUGUCAUUUAUUUGUACUUUAUGACAGUACUUGACCUAUGUUGAAGAUGUUUAUAACUGCAGUAUUUUGUGCUAAUAUAAAUUAGGCCAGGCCUUCAAAGAUAAUUCCAAGUGGACUAUAUAUUGCUCUUUUAUUUUAUGUAAAUUAUUUAAAAGGCUUACUAUUGUUUUCAUU